CCGGAAGCUGUUGGUACAUUGCUGCAAAAAAAUCAAAAUGCCCUAGCUGAGUUGUUAGCUAGCCGAAUGAAUGGUUGCUCUGAUGCACUGAGGUGCCUUUGCUCACAUCUUUCCAAGAUGACAUAAAUCUGUAAGGUCAUAACUCAACUCUACCGCUUCUGUCGUUCACGAUAUCCCGCCUUUGGGUACCAUGGCAACGAGGAUGAAGCUGAAGCUGAAGACUGUGUUUGUGCUCUACUUCAUGGUCUCCCUCCUGGGCCUCGUCUAUGCACUGAUGCAGCUUGGUCAGCGCUGCGACUGCUCAGAGCAUGACUUGCCUAAAGACCGUACCAUAUCUCGGCUGCGGGGGGAGCUGCACCGUCUUCAGGAGCAGAUGAGGAAGUCCGAUGCGACCAAGCAACCACAGAAACAACCAGCCAAGCCCACCGUCUUUGUGAUCACCCCAACAUACGCGAGGCUGGUGCAGAAGGCCGAGCUGACUCGUCUGUCCCAGACGUUCCUCCAUGUUCCUCAGCUCCACUGGAUCGUGGUGGAGGACUCGCCGCACAAGACGCCACUAGUAACUGACCUCCUGGUGAAGAGUGGCCUGACCUACACACACCUGCACAUGCUCACCGCCAAGGACCGUAAACUGCAGGAGGGUGACCCCAGCUGGCUGAAACCUCGGGGAGUUGAGCAGAGGAACGAGGGUCUACGGUGGCUCAGAGAGGACAGAAGGGCUCAGCCAGGAGGAGACAACCAGCAGGGUGUGGUUUAUUUUGCUGACGACGAUAACACAUACAGCCUGCAGAUAUUUGAAGAGAUGAGGAGUACCCAGCGAGUGUCCGUGUGGCCAGUGGGACUGGUUGGAGGGAUGAAAUAUGAGAGGCCCGUGGUUGAAGGAGGAAAGGUGGUUCGCUUCCAUACCGGGUGGCGUCCCAGUCGCCCUUUCCCGAUGGACAUGGCUGGCUUCGCUGUGUCCCUCAAACUUGUCCUGGCCAAUCCAGAGGCCUGUUUUGACGGAGAAGCACCAAUGGGCUUCCUGGAGAGCAGCUUCCUUCAGGGAUUGGUUACCAUGGACGAACUGGAGCCUAAAGCGGACAACUGCUCUAAAGUGCUGGUGUGGCACACACGGACAGAGAAACCCAAGAUGAAGAGAGAGGAGGCUCUGCAGGCUCAGGGACUGGGCUCAGACCGCGCAGUGGAGGUCUGAGGAACACACACACACACACACACACACACACACACACAUACAUACACAUUGUAAAGUGUACUCUGCUGUUUCAUGCUGCAUAUGUAACUCUGCAUUGUAAAUACUGUAAAACAGAAAAAAUAUCAGUUUGAGGUCACAUAUAAAUGUAUCUGUUUUUUGUGUCAGGUAGUAAAUGUACAUGUGUGUAUAUAUUGAGUGAGUGUUGUUACAACAGUGUACGUUAGUGUAUGUACUGUAUCAGGGUGUUCUCAGUGAGUUAGGUGUGUUUGGCCAGCAGUACAGUAGAGGAGGAGUCUGGAGUUUAAACAGUUGCCUGACGGGGGCGCCAGUUUUAAAUUUUGUAAAGCCAUGCUGUUACACCAGCAAUAUGUUUUCCUUAACGCUGGAAGGAAAGGAUGCAUGUUAUUACAGACGUCCAUGCUUGCAUCAUUUGUAGCAAUCCACAUGUUGUGCUCAGUUUAAAUCCUGCAGUGUGAGCAUUCCUAAUGGCACUUAGAUGUUGUUAUUGCUGUGCUCCAGCUGGUCUUGCUCCAGCCUCCUGUCUCUGUUUCCUUUGCUGGUUGGAUCUGAUCUGUAACCAGUUUCAUCAGUGCAGCCGCUAACCUCUUGAUACAGAUGCAAUGGAGCACUUUACUCAUGCAUGGAUUCUAUUUUUGCGUGAUUAGUGUCCGUAAGUCCAUAUUCAGCCAUAUAGAUGUUUUUUUUUUUUUCAGUCACCAUCAUAGGCAUGAUAAUAAUAUUUAUACAACCUAUCAAAUCUAAAUUUCUGCAUUUCGUAUCAAUGUAAUAGUAUUGUGGAGUGAAGAAUUUUUUAUUUUUUAAAGUUAACAAUAUUUAUUCAUUUAUUCACAAAACUCACAAACUUAAUUAAGAAAAAUGCUCAAUAUUUGUUGCCUUGUAUUUAUUAUGCUCUCAUACACAAACAAGUGGUGCCACUUGGCAACACUGUGCUGCAACACAGACCACAACAAAUACAGAGAAGCAAUGGUUCCACACCCAGUGUAGCUUUAGUGUUGAAGCUCAGAGUGCAAAUGCUGGUUUUCUUUUAAGAUGAUUUUUUUGGGCAUUUUUAGGCCUUUAUUGACAGGACAGCUGAAGAAAUGAUAGGGGAGAGAGAGGGGAGUAUGACAUGCGGCAAAGGGCCGCAGGUCGGAGUCGAACCUGGGCCUGCUGCGUCGAGGAGUAACCCUCUAUAUAUAUAUAUAUACCAACUGAGCUAUCUGGGUGCCCCAAAUGCUGGUUUUCAAUAGUAUCAUAACAGCUAGUUCUAGCCAGCAUUUUAAUAUGUACAUUUUUAGUGAUGCUUUUUAAAAACAUAAGGCUUAGGGAAUCCAUGUAAAAGCCCUGAAUAAGGGAACAACACUACUUACACUCAUAGACAUUCCUUAUGCAAUAAGCAAAGACAAAACACAAAACACACCGUCCCGGUUAUAUUUCCAUACGCUGAUGACAAGGAAAAGACUUGAAUUUGCCUUUAAAAGGCAGAGAAUCCCUGGUACUUUACAAUAGCAGUGUUUCAGUAGUAUAUUUGGGAGAAAAAAAGCUUCAAAUAUAAAUUGAAGUACUCGACCUGUGCUUGAUUAUCUUCCAUGACAUCCUCAGAAGUUGGAAGAAUAAAGAGCAAAAUAAAAGUAUAGCUCAAAGGAGCUACUGUUGUAUGAUACUGUAAAAACAGCUAGUGCCUGCUUAAGUGUAAUUAGUGCCUGUAAGUCAAUUCUCUACUGGUGUAUUAUGUAUUUAUUACUAUAAGAAUAUUGUUCUUUACAUUGUACAAUGUGAUAAUGUUUGUCCUUAUCCUUGAAAAUAAACCUAGAUCAUGUAAACUA